AGUGACAAAAAGGCGAGCAAUCUACAAAGGCGUUCAGAGUGCUGCACCCGACACCUUCGGUAACGGCGGCACAAGGAAAACGCGCUAAGUCUCUGUGAAACAUCAAACCUCUCUGAAAUUAGGGGGGUGCUGAAAAUGCGGCUUUGCCAUGGUGGCUUGCUCCUUUCGAAGCGUGUCGUGCAUAAGUAUCUUCUGUUAGCAAAGCCACCUGCACGCAACCUGUGCAUUCGAGUGUUCAUCUGCAUAAAGAAACACGGCGAAACGCACACACAUACUUAAAAGCACACAUACACUAUUGUACGCUGGCGGGAACACAAGGCUGCGGAUUAGUCUUCGGCUCGCAGGACUGAGGCUUGGGAACGUCUGUCUGCUACUAGUUCUGCGGGCAGUCGCCCGCACUGAUUCGUACGUUCAAAAGAAUAAUAAUAAAUAAUAAAGAAAGAAAGACAGAGCUUCGCUCUUGAGAACGUGAAUCUACGCAUUACCCUUUGUCUCACAAGCUGCCCAGUCGACCCGUUGACGUAGCGGUGGCGACGCAUAAACUGCACGCAACUACGGCUUAGAGACGCGCCAGGCCCGACGUUGCUUGCGUGAAAAAAAAAAAAAAAGCGCAGCCCGGUGGCGCCGACUGAACGAAUAGUUCGCCGGAGCGAAACGCGCAUGAACUAUGGGCGAAACAAGUGCGCGAGAGAAAGUGAAAAACGAAAAAAUAAAAUAAAAAAGAAAACAAUAACGAAGGAUAAAGCCACUGAAGAGCGAAGGGCGACAUAGCGCUCGCAGUCGUACGCUGUCUCUACGAACGUGAGGACGAUCUCGGAUAACCGUGCAGUGCGUGCCGCCUUCUGGGCUUUCAUUUCCCCCCCCCCCCCCCCCCCCCCCGAAUUCCAGGAACGGCUUCGUCGGCUCCGUUUUUUUCUGCUCUACUGCAUCACACCGCAGCAUCGUCCGGCCGUGCCAUCGAAGGUAACACAAACAAAAAGCAGAGAGAAAGCCGGCUGCACAAAAAGGACCGCGAGUGUCUUUGAAAACCACGAACGGGUCACGACGUCAACUUGAAGGCAGAGCCCUGGAUAUUGCUGGAGGCAGGCAGAAUAACGGCGACACUCGGCGGAAGGUGGGGACACUGACGCCUGCUGACGAGGGGCCACGUCGAUCAUUAACCAAAGAAGAUAGUUGUGAUGCAGGCACUCACUGGCCUCUGUGAGCAAUCAACGUCGCGAAUGCAGCCGAUGCAUCGCGCAUGACCAUAGACGCCAAGCGAGAGGACGACGGCCAGGCCAGCGCCGAUCGGGAAAACCCGCCACUGGCAGAGUAAAAGGGCCGCCGCUUCGUGGCUUCUGCAGCCGGCAUAAUGACGGAGCUCUUGUGCCUCGAGAAGGACGUGGAUUUCCAGGAGCGGCCCGAGGGCCAGGGCUCCGUGUGCUCGUACAGGGACCCGGCCAUCUUCGACGACUGCACUGUGCUUGAGAACCUGCUCAGAUCCGAGGAGAGGUACCCUAUCAACCCACGCUACUUCACCUGUGUCCAAAAGGAGCUCUCCGUCAACAUGAGGCGCAUCGUCGGACGCUGGAUGCUUGAGGUGUGCGAGGUGGAACAGUGCCGCCCGGAGGUUUACCCUCUGGCCAUGAACUGCCUGGACCGGUUCCUCUCAGUGCGGCCCGUACGCAAGUGUCAGCUGCAACUCACGGGAGCCGUGUGCAUGUUGCUCGCCUCAAAGUUUCGCCAGACGAAGCCCCUGUCUCUGGAGAGGCUUUCCAUGUUCACAGACUACUCGGUCACCAGGGAGGAGCUCAAGGACUGGGAACUGGUGGUUGUCUCGACUCUCAAGUGGGACGUAUGUGGUGUGAUCGCGUGCGACUUCCUCGACCACCUGAUCCACAGGUUGGAGCUGCCCAAAGAGGCACGGUGCAGCCCGGACCACAUCCGCAGUCAUGCGCAGACCUUCAUCAGCCUCUGCUACACCGAAUUCGAGUUCAUCCUGUCGCCAGCGUCAAUGAUCGCCGCGGCAAGCAUCAGUAUGGCCAUCUGCGGUCUAAUCAAACUCAACUGGACCCAGAAGAAGGACGUGUUGCAGAGGCUGCACGAUAUCACCAGCAUAGAAGUGGAUUGCCUACAAGACUGCCAGCAGAGGAUCGAGAAGACGCUGGUCAGGAACUACCCCGAACUCACCAAGAGCCUUGCUGCCACGCUCAACGGGACGACCCCAACCCCGUCGCCAGCAUCGACACCGUCGGGGGACUACGCAGUUAAAGUGAGCGCCGAGACGGUCACCCUCGAGUCUGAGACCCCCGAGACGCCUACAGACGUCCAGGAUGUUCUAUUCUGAGCUGCGGCCUCCAAGCUUAGGCACUGCCGGACUACCUUAGGAAAAAAAAGAAGCAAAAAAAAAAGAAGAAAAGAAACACUGGCCACUGUGCUUCAAUUGCUCGUGGUCCACAAGCCCUGCGAAGUGGUGCCUCCCACUUCAAGUUGGCACCCUUCCUACGUCCCCCCCUUCCCCAAACCCUACCACAGCUGCAAGAAAAUGCAACAGAACUCGUCUGAGGAGGGACUCCGGUGUUCACUGAGUACCCAUCCCUUUAGCAAAUGCAAUGGAACAUUUGAACACUCUUGUGCGUAUGUGUGCAUGUGUGCGUGUGCGGCCGCGGUGUUUUUUGAGACUUUCGGCGCACUCGAUUUAGUCUCUUUUUAUUAUUUUUCGUUCGUUGCUUCACUGCUGCCACCUGCCUGCCGAGAAAGCAAGCAGAAGAAACGCCCCAGCCAACGGGAAGAAAGCCUGUGAAAAAUUGUCGACCUGACCUCAGCACCUUUGCUACUCUCCAAAGGCUUUUUUUCUUCUUUUUUUGCUUGUGAAAGAUACUGAAAGAACUGAAAGGCUGACGCAAACGCUCGCUGAAAACCGAAGAAGUGAACUGGUGUUCUAUAAGCUGUCUUUCCUUGUCUUCUCUUAGCCGUUGAGCGUUGGUCAAAGAUGGUCACUACGUACUCCUCUAAGCCUUUCUGUUUUUAAAACUCUUUUGCCGUGGCCAUAAGUGGAAAGAAAAGAGAGAGGA